UAUUUGUCACGUUUGACAUGUUGACAAUUAAUCCGAUGAUUUAUCAAAAAUAAUUGUUUUCUAAAAUAUUAAAGAAGUUAAAUUAUGUCAGCACCAAAUCCUUUUACAGCGCUGUUCGAAAAUGAGGAAGCCAGAAGCUCGACAAACGUUAAACUUAAUGAUAUUCUAGAAAACAUAUUUGGGUUUUCGAUAAAUCCAAAGAACAGCAAUAAUUUAAAUGUCUUGUUUUUGGAAGAUGUUCAUAAGGUACAUGAGAAAGACGAUUUAGAUUUAGGUUUAUUACAGUAUGCCUUAUUUGAAAGACUAUUUAUGUGUAAUGAAAACUCGGAUUUGAGGAGCGAUAGUGAUAGCUUGCAAGAAACUAAAGUCAUAACAUAUUUGUUCAAUUGUCUUCAAAAUUUGUAUAGCCACAAGGAGCAGCUCAGUUCAGAACAAUUCACAGAUGUAUAUGAUAAGAUAUUUCAAAAUGUUUCCACUUCUAUUAUACAACCAGAUAUGUAUUCUGGUCAGAGUAUGGCUGAGGAUAUGCUCAAUGUUGUGAAAGAUGCUGAACUUGGAGCUGAUGAAUUUUUUGUAGAAGCUACUAAAAGAGUAUACCAAGAAGAUAAUGGUCCAGAAUCCUUGAAAACAUUCAUAGAAAAUAUCAACCAAAUUUUAGUAAAGGAGCUAGUGAAAUGUAGCCUUACAGACACUAGCUUAACAAUAUUUAACUAUUUACAAGUUAUAUCUAGUAAUGAAUUAUUAGCAGAAAUGUUCAUAGAAAGCAAUUUUCCUAAGAAAAUCAACGUAGGUUCAGAAUAUGCCCAUACUGUUAUUGGUGCUAUUUUGAAUCAUUCUGUACUUCCUAAAACACCAGUUGGUAAAUAUGAACAUUUUACUAACCCAAUGGACCAAAUGGGUAACGCUGGUACUGAGGAGUAUCUGUGGGUGUAUCUUGAAAAGCAAAACCAGAACCUGCAUAGAUUUUUCUUGGCAAUGCUUAAGUGUGGCCCUAAAGUGAAAGAAAAAACAUUACUGUGGCUGGGAACCUGUUUGAAAACCAAUGUCAAUAGGGGUAAAAUUUGGAAUACACAUGCUCCAGAGUUAAACCCAGCUAUAUAUACGAAUGUUACUGAUGGUUUUGUUUUAAAUUUAAGUAAUCUAUUGCUGAGUCUGUGUCAACCGUUUUGCAGCAGAGUUAAGGAUGAGAGAGUAUUAAAGGUUGAUCCCACAUAUUGUGCUGUACCUAAUGAAGAUAUAGAACAAAAAGGCAUUCACAUGGGAGAUAUGGCUAGCGAAACCUGUUUCUUACCAGUUUCCUCUGAUGACCAACUUGAAGAAAAGCGUUUGAUGGCCAAUACUUAUAAUUUUGUUACAGAAUGUUUCUUCAUGGCUCACAGAUCUUUGGAUCUUGGGUACAGGGUCGGCGUCGACAAAAUUAUUAGGCAAAAUCACGAAAUGGGUAGAAUCCAGAGAGCUUUCAAUGACGCUCUACAACAAGCCGGCGGCAAUUCCGAUUUGGUAGGAACAAUUAAGGACAGAAUGAGCGAAGAGUUAUCAAAGUACUUAUCCUUGAAGUGCGCCUUGUCCAAUCCAGAUAUGUUAGAAAAAUUAUUCAAUUUGAUAUCGGCAACGUCUUAUUGGCUAUGCCAGGUUUCGGUGCACCAAGACAGUCCGGACUCAACAGCUUUUGCGCCCUUGAAAGAGUCGCCUGUAACUUUUCCUUUAGAUACCAGAGUUCCUGAUACAUUAAAAUGCAUUCCAGAAUUUAUAGUCGAAAACAUAGUGUCAUUCCUAGUAUUUGUACGCCGGUUCACGCCUAAAACCUUCGAAGAGGAAGGUUAUGAUAAAUUGAGUCCCAUUUUGUCUUUUAUCCUGGUUUAUAUGGGGUCUCGAAGGCAUAUGAAGAAUCCCCACGUUAGGGCGCGAUUAGCGGAAGGUUUAGAGUCUCUGUUGCCGUUCCACAAGGACGAGCCUCUAGGGAUUAGCGUGGGCGGAGCUCAGAGGAAGAGAUUGUUCACGGAUCAUCCUCAUAAUAUGAAGAUCGUAGAAAAUUUGAUGAACGUUUUCGUCGAGAUAGAAAUGACAGGCCAAAGUGUGGAAUUCGAACAAAAAUUCAACUAUCGCAGACCUAUGUACGCGGUUUUCGAUUUUCUGUGGGAAUUACCUGAACAUUUAGAAGGUUUUAGAAAGUUGGCCGAAGAAGCGGAACAAAAUAUGGAAGCCGUAAAUCCACCGUUAUUUUUGAAAUUCUCCAAUUUACUUAUCAAUGAUGCUAUCUUUUUACUCGACGAAGCCCUAGCCAAUAUGGCUAAGUUGAAAGAGAUGCAACAAGCUCAGGAUAACGGUGAAUGGGCGAACCUAAACCAGAGAGACAGAGCUCAAAAUGUCGCCUACUUGCACCACAUCGGUAAUCUAGCUCGUUUCGAUAAUAUACUAGGCAAAGAUACGAUAGGGAUGCUUGAAAAGCUAACCUCUAAAAUUAAUCUAGUCUUCACUCACACUACCAUGGUCGACAGAAUAGCUUCCAUGUUGAAUUACUUCUUGCUCAAUCUCGUUGGACCAAAUAAAAAGAACUUUAAGGUUAAGGACGCCAAAGACUACCACUUCGAACCGGCAGACACGGUAUUAGAAAUAUGUAAGAUUUACGUAAAUCUAAAAAAUAGUGACGCCUUUUGUUUAGCCGUAUCGCAAGAUGGCCGAUCUUAUAGCCCUAAUCUGUUCGUUUUGGCCGAAGACGUGUUGCUGCGAAUAGGCGGUGGUACGCUUAUCGGGGAACUGAAAGAAGUGGCUACUAAAGUGGCCCAGAAGGCCGAGGAACAAAUGGCGAACGAUGAAGUUCUGUCCGAGGCUCCCGAACAAUUUUUGGACCCGAUAAUGUCGACGUUGAUGCGCGAUCCAGUGAUUUUGCCCAGUUCGAAGCAGAUCGUCGACAGAAGUACUAUCGCAAGACAUUUGUUGAGCGAUCAGACAGACCCUUUCAAUAGGUCGCCAUUAUCUAUGGAUCAGGUUAUACCACACACGGAAUUAGCAGAAGAAAUUAGGAAUUGGAUAGCUGAAAGGAAAAGGAAAGCUAACUAGUGUUAGCUCAAGUACGAUGCUGGUAAAAUGUCGGACAAAGUCAAGAUUUUUUUAAUUAAUUUGAAGCAAUAUGUGAUGGCUUUUUGGUUUUAAAUAUUAAUUUUCUUAAUAAAUCUAUUGAUAUUUCCAAUCUGGUUUUAUAGCAUGGCGCCGUCAACAACUAUGACGUGACGCUAAUGACAGGGACGUUUGACAAAGAUGUCAACGUCGGUUGUCAUAAAAAUUUGACUUUUUCAUAUAUUUUAAUCGGUAGAUCUACACUGUGUUCAAAUUUAUAUUCUGAAGGUCAUUCCUCGCUAAAUAUCAUGUAUUUUUGUCAGUUUAUCUCUUGUAGCUGUUCAAAUAAUUGUUAUUUUAAAAUUUUUAAUAUCCGAUGUAUUUCCAAUUUUCAAUACAGUUAAAAAAAUGACGUGACUGGUGAUGUUUAAAAGUUUGUCUAUAAGACAAACAUGUAUAUUUGUUAUUUUUAUUUGAAAUUGUAUAUUUUGAACAUAUUUGAAAUAUAUCA